AUGGGAACGUACAAGCUCGAGCUUCUUUGGACCCACCCAAAGAGGGAAAUUACUCAUAGCCUUGUGAAUGAAAGGAUGCUCGACGCACUUUUCUGCGAAAGGUCCAUUCCAAGUCGCCUCUCGAAGUUCGGUUACGUCCUCACCCACCUUCCACCCGAGGCCGCUGCGGAGGCCCGCAAUCUCAUAAUUCGGCCUCACGCUGAGCACCCGUACGAUACCUUACGCGACGAACUCAUACGACGCACGGCUCUGUCCUCGGAAAACCGCAUUCGACAGCUUACAUCAGAAGAGCUUGGCGACAGCCGCCCCACUCAGCUCAUACGUCGGAUGCGUGGGCUCGCCGGUAACCCCACCUCCGAAGACACCCUCCUCCGCGAGCUUUUCCUGAAGCGACUGCCUCACAACAUCAGAAUGAUCCUCACCUCGACCGAGCAUGCCUCCCUCGACGAUCAAGCAAAGAUGGCAGAUCGCAUUUUGGACCUCACAGGUCACCCUGUACCGGGCGCUGUUGCGAAUCUUGGCACGACCACCGCCGCAUCUUCUGCCGAUCCCACUAUCGCCAUGGUCACGGCCUCUCUCCACCAACUCCAGAGCACUGUCGCCGUUUUGGCGGAACGCGUGGCCACCAUCCAACCUCCCCGAGGUCCCCGAUGCAACGCUUUUCGUCGGCGUACCCCAUCCCGCAGACGCCCACGGUCGCCUUCGCCCUCGGUCUGCUGGUACCAUGAGACCUUCGGUGAUUCGGCCCGCCACUGCCAGCCCCCUUAUUCCAGGUCGGAAAACGACACGCCCCACCCAGCAGUGGCUGGCACCGCUGGGGGAACUAGCAGCCGCCUCUUUUUCGUCACCGACCGCAGCACCGGUUACACCUAG